UCAGUAAACUGAACUACUGGAGUGGAGAGUAUAAGUGUGAAUUCACUUUUGUUACACAGCCAAGCUUUAUACAUGCUGAUUUAAAGGUUUCUCUUUGAUUCAAAUAUAAUUUUAUAUCGACAAGCGCGGAAUCUUAUUUUCAACGAUUAGCUUCGCAUUUAUCAUGGAGGCACACGCUCGCGCUCCUGAUCCUUUAACAAAAGGUGAUGAUAUGGCCAGAAACUGGCAAACUUGGAAAGAAGAUUUUAUUAUAUUUCUAAAAGUAGCUGGGUAUAUUGAUCAACCUAGUGAAAUCCGUGCAAAUCUUUUAAAAAAUCGGAUUGGAACAGUUGGUAUUGAGGCAAUUCAAAAUAUAUCUUUUGACAAUAUACAAGAUAAAAAUGACAUAGAUAUAUUGAUUAAAAAGCUUGAAGAAUAUUUUAAUCCACCAAAAAAAGAAGUGGUUGAACGAUAUCAUUUUUUUACAAGAGUAAAGAAGCCAAAUGAAUCUAUUGAACAAUAUAUAAAUAUUUUAAAAGAAAAAGCGAAAACUUGCAAUUUUAAUGAUAUGCUAGACAGCAUUAUACGAGACAAAAUAAUUCUUGAAACUUAUGACAAAAUACUGCGUAAAAAGUUUUUUGAAGCAGACAAUUUAGAUUUGCCAAAGCUAGUAGCAAUUUAUCAUGACUAUAACAUUAAUACAGAAAAGAUGAAACAAGUUACUAAAGAAACUAGAGACUUUACAAAUUUUACACCAAAACCUUCAGAUAAUAUUGUGAGGAAAUGUUGGAGAUGUAAUCAGCAGCAUCCACGAGGGAAGUGUCCUGCUUGGGGAUCAAAGUGCACAAAAUGUGGUGACAUAAAUCACUUUUCCCAUUGCUGUAAGGGUUACAAUUUUAAGAUGAAUAAGGUGAAUAAGAAUUUACUGGAUCCGGUGCAACAAAUGAAAUUCACAUCAAAGAAUAAUGACAAAUGGAAUAAUCAAGCAGAUUCUGAAGUUAAAAUUAACGAUUCAAUUAAUAAAAUGGCUUUUCCUGAUGUUCCGAAAACAAAUUUAAAUCACAAUACAAUGAAUUACUCAACACCCAAAAAUACACAAUACAAUCAUUCGCAUGUGAAACUAAUUCGACCAGAUGGGACAGUUUCUGAUUUAAUUCCGAAUAGAGGUGAAAAUGUUCAACCUAAACAGAUGAAAACACCAAGUGAAGGAACUUCUCAAGAAAGGUUUCACGCUUCCAAAUCAUUUUUUGAAUCACGUGGAUUGCAUUACACAAAUUGCAGUACACAAAAGUGUUCAAAGAUUCAUAAGAAAAAGCCAGAUGAUCCUUGUGUAUUAUCCUAAAUCUUUCAUAUAUCUUAUAUAAAUACAUCUUGAGUUACAG